UGCACCAACACACACCAAGACAACACAUCCUCUUCCGGUUCAGUCGCUGAACACAACAACAAUGGCGGCUAACGGAGAAAGAAACCCGCAACUCGGCAAGCUAGAAUUCUCUCUGGAUGUCCCGUUCCCGUCAUCCUGCGAGGCCGUCAUCGCUCUGCGGUCCCUGUCACCGGAUCGAGAGCCGAGGAAAGGCGGCAUCAGCAAACAGCUGAGCGUGAGCGGCAGCACAUUGUCUGUGAGGUGGAGCGCAGACGAAGCUCGAAUCCUCAGAGUUUCUGUCAACUCAUUUCUGGAUCAUCUGUCGCUCGUUGUGGAGACCAUGGAAAUGUUCGGCCCAGCUGUUACCCAGUGAUGACUCAGGACUCUGGUUUUAGUCCGUUCUCCUUCCUCAGGAGGAAAAUAAAGCCGACAACUCACAGCUUAAACUGUAAAAUUUGGUUAGUUGAAUAUCUGCAACUGCUUGAAUGUUUUUUCAGUUUUUAAUUUAUAUCUGAAAAGGUGUGUCAUGAAAAAUUCCAACAGGACUCCGACAUCAUACAGAGAUUGUUUAUUUAAAAAAAGCUCACUGGAAAUGUUGUAGACACCUCACCGGUGUUUCUUUUUUACAAAAAAAUAAAAAAAGGUUUUCGUUUUCUAAUAAAAGAAAGAAAUUU